AUGCCAACGCCAUCAUCGAACCAGCCUGUCGAGGCACCUUCACCGCGUUCCUAUAGUUUCUCAACAUGUCCUGACGACGUCCAAAGCCAACCACACCCUGCCUGGCAAGCACGCAACGAAGACCAAGCCCGUGCUGAUGAUGUUGGUAUCCAGUCCGGCACCGUCAACGCGCCAACUGCACCUGGGUGCCCGAAUGACGAUACCAUCAUGUACGAUGGUCGCCCAUCAAACGACCUAUCUUCAAGAUCUACAACCAUGUCCCCACGCCCCCAAACCGCCACAACUACCGUAACAACCCCUUUGCAUGAAGAAUCUAGGCCCGAAACGAAGGGAAGGGACGUCGAAACCGGCAGCCAGCUGGGUCGAGAUAUUUCCGACAGUACACAGCGGGCUAGUGAGCCUCAACCAGCUCCUUGCGAAUCAUCCAGGCAAAGGGAAUCACCAAAUCAGGUGUCAGAGUGUAUUGAUUGUGAUGUGCAAGAAGAUGAGCUCUGGUCCCCAUCCAUGGGCCCUGACUACUCAUGUAUACGAACUAUUCCAUCGGCUCCAUCUUCCUACCUUCGUUCAGGUAGUAAGUUCCACGGUACACAACAGUCAGAACGCCAGGUCUACGACGUGCAAGUCGAGAUCAAACAUGUCGAUAUGCGGGAGUCUUUUCUUUGCGGCUAUCUCCGGAUUCAAGGCCUGACUGAGGAUCAUCCCACUCUUACAACAUAUUUCGAGGGAGAAAUCAUCGGUUCCAAAUACAGCUUCUAUACCCAGCACGAGAACUGGGGCGCAAAUAGCAAGGUUGACUUAAGUCACUGGGCCAAAUUUACAGCCUUUCGUCCAUUUCAGAAGCAAGCCCGUAAGGGACCCGUUAUCAUUCGCGAUGCCGCCCAACGAGAAACUAUCUUUAUGCGGUGGAAAGAGCAUUUUUUGGUGCCAGACCACCGAGUCCGUACAAUAUCUGGCGCCAGUUUCGAGGGUUUCUAUUAUAUCUGUUUCAAUCAGGUCAAAGGCGAAGUAAGCGGCAUAUAUUUUCACUCUAAAAGCGAAAAGUUCCAACAGCUGGAAUUGAAGCAUGUUCCCGAUCGAGGAUGCUUUGCCGCAACCGAGUUCCGCUAA